AUGGGGAAUGGACUUUCAGAACAGACUCCUAUCCUCUCUGGCAUAUCACCAUUUCAAGCACUGCACAUCGUAAUCUUGGGUUUGGACUGUGCUGGGAAAACCACUGUUUUAUACAGGUUACAGUUCAAUGAGUUUGUCAACACCGUCCCCACCAAAGGGUUUAAUGCCGAGAAGAUCAAAGUGUCCCUGGGCAACGCCAAAACUGUGACGUUUCACUUUUGGGACGUGGGGGGUCAGGAGAAGUUGAGGCCCCUCUGGAAGUCAUACACUAGGUGCACAGAUGGGAUCGUCUUUGUGGUGGACUCUGUUGACGUCGAACGGAUGGAGGAGGCCAAAACGGAACUGUAUAAAAUCACUAAGAUCUCCGAGAACCAAGGAGUCCCCGUCCUGAUUGUUGCCAACAAGCAGGAUCUCCGGAACUCUCUAUCCUUGUCAGAAAUCGAAAAGCUGUUGGCGUUAAAUGAACUCAGCUCUUCCACGCCGUGGCAUCUUCAGCCCACGUGCGCUAUCAUUGGCGAUGGACUGCGGGAAGGCAUAGAGAAGCUCUACGAAAUGAUCGUUAAGCGGAAGAAAAUGCUCAGGCAGCAGAAGAAGAAAAGAUGA